ACCACGCCAAGAAAGCUUGGUAUGACCGCAUUUAGGACUGAAGAAGAAUCCUGAACCGACCCUAUUCAUCUGCUGUUUGUUGCCUGUUUCAUGUGGAAAAAUUCUCACAGAAAUUCCAGGUAUCACAGCUGUGGCUGUAAAAAAAAAAAAAAAGAAAGAAAUUCCAGAAAGACUGUACCCUUGGAGUGAGGAACUCUGCUGCCUAUAUCCCUGGGAGAGGACAGACACCCACAAAUGCCUGCUGACCUGAAGGGCUGCAAAAAUGGUGAUUAGGAAGAGUGAAAAUUCAUAAUGACAUGCACCAGGAUGCUUGAUCCAGAGGAAGAUGGGCCACAUGAUUAGCUCACAGCUCAGCUGGUCAGAGGAGCUGAGACAUCCGUUCCCCUUCAAGAAUCUCUCCCGGGUCUGGCAAAAUGGAUUAUCAAACGACGAGUCCCUUCUAUGACAUUGAUUAUGGGAUGUCAGAGCCCUGCCAAAAAACCAAUGUGAGACAAAUUGCAGCCCGGCUCCUGCCCCCACUCUACUCGUUGGUGUUCAUCUUCGGGUUUGUGGGCAACUUGCUGGUUGUCCUCAUCCUGAUCAACUGCAAAAAGCUGAAGAGCAUGACUGACAUCUACCUGCUCAACCUGGCCAUCUCGGACCUGCUGUUCCUCUUCACCAUCCCGUUCUGGGCUCACUAUGCUGCAGACCAGUGGGUCUUUGGAAAUACAAUGUGCCAAUUUCUGACAGGGUUCUAUUUCAUAGGCUUCUUUUCUGGAAUCUUCUUCAUCAUCCUCCUGACAAUCGACAGGUACCUGGCUAUCGUCCACGCUGUGUUCGCUUUAAAAGCCAGGACGGUCACCUUCGGGGUGGUGACGAGUGGGGUCACUUGGGUGGUAGCUAUCUUUGCCUCCCUCCCAGGCAUCAUCUUUACCAAAUCCCAAAAGGAGGGUUCUCGUUAUACAUGCAGCCCUCACUUUCCAUCCAGUCAGUAUCACUUCUGGAAGAAUUUCCAAACAUUAAAGAUGGUCAUCUUGGGGCUGGUCCUGCCACUGCUCGUCAUGGUCGUCUGCUACUCGGGAAUCCUCAAAACCCUGCUUCGGUGCCGCAAUGAGAAGAAGAAGCACAAGGCUGUGAGGCUCAUCUUCGCCAUCAUGAUUGUCUACUUUCUCUUCUGGGCUCCCUACAACAUCGUCCUUCUCCUGAGCACCUUCCAGGAAUUCUUUGGCCUGAAUAACUGCAGUGGGUCUAACAGGCUGGACCAAGCCAUGCAGGUGACCGAGACCCUGGGGAUGACACACUGCUGCAUCAACCCCAUCAUCUACGCCUUCGUCGGGGAGAAGUUCCGAAGCUACCUCUUAGGGUUCUUCCGAAAGCACAUCGUCAGACGCUUCUGCAAAGGCUGUCCAGUCUUCCAGGCAGAGGCUCCAGAUCGAGUCAGCUCCGUUUACACACGGUCCACAGGGGAGCAGGAAAUCUCUGUCGGCUUGUGACCUGGCUUGGUUUCUAGAUGCAGACCACAGGUGGGAACAGUUCUUUUAAAGAGGAAAUUACUGUCAUAGAGGGUUUAAGUUUCAUCUAUCCGUUUGGCAUCUGCUCCAAGUAUAUUAUAUAUUUCAAGCCCACCAAUUCCAGAAAGCCAAAUCAAAACACACUGAUGAAACAGCAACCUUCUUGCCUCCCUUCCACAUACGUCAAUUUAUUGGCAAACUCUGCCUUCACUGCAGAAGCUCAAUGUAACAAAAAAUCCUCAGAGAGGUGCUAAUUGCUGAGUUUGGUUACCUGAACAAGAAUAACAAAAGGAAUUGAGGAAAGUAUUGUAGAGUUUAUUAUCUGUGUAGGGUAACAUCCAGGUUGCAAAUGUGUUUAAAAUAGGCCCUUCUCUUGCCGUGGGAAGAAAAGACACGCCCAUGAUCAGUUAAGAAAUGGCACCUUCCAUGUGGGAUCUCCCCUCUGAGGUGUGGUUAAUAAGUUCUGCAGAUGUUCAUGCCACGGACGAAGCUUGGCUGUGGGCAGACGUACGGAUGGCUGGGGGAGCAGAGGAAGGAUGGGGCUAGACCACGAGGAACCUGGACAGCAUUGCUCAUCAAAGUCUGAGAGCAGAGCAGGGAUUCCUGGCCGGUGCUGCAGAAGGCUCAUUCCAUGACCGAAGGAUGACCUGGAAAGGUGAGCAUGCAGGCAAGGAGACCAGCAACAAUCUGAGGGAGGAGGCUCGACUUAGGUCGAGGCUGGGGGAUGGGAAGGAGGGGUGCAUCUUCACAGCUUUAGGAUGAGAGUCGGCAGAACCUGGGGCAGAUGUGGCUUGGUGUUGAGGGGCAGAGAGGAGUCAGAGAAAACGCCAAGGUUUCAGGCAAGCAUUGGAGAUGCCCUAAAAGAGACACUGACGUGGAAGGAGGAGGAGGUCUGGGUCACAACAGGAGUAGGUGGAAGAAGAAGGGUCCAGUUUUGUGAGCUGAACACAGCCCUAGGCAGGCAGACCCUGGGCUGAAGGUCACUGACUGCUCUUGCUCCCAGCUUGGAUCAUGAAGCAAGUCCAGGGGCCUUUGAAACACCAGUUUUAAGAAUGCAUGAGCCUGAGGCCCAGGAAUACUUUCAGGGCAGAAAUGAGGUCUAAGUGAGGACUGAUUAUAUAGUUAACAAAAAUCCAGAGCUCUGUAAGCACUGAGUAAAGAGGUCCCAGAGACCUGAGGGAAGCCUGACGGACGGGUCCCGCCUCCCCGGGCGCAGCACUAUUCCGGAUGCAACUAUCAAAAGGCAAAGGGAAGAAGGACACACUCAUUUGGAAACAGGCUGCCUCAGGCUUUAUAAGCCACAAAACAUAAAAUUCACCAACCUCCGUGUUUCAGGCUGAGUGUGGGGUUUUAAAUAUACUAGAUCUAAGAUGCCAGCUCCAAACAAAUUUUACCCAAAUACUAAGGGACUUAUUCAUUUCAAGGAGAGGAUUAUGAUAUUUUUUUUUUUUUGGAGUUGCGAUUUACAUUAUUUUGUACAUGCCUAAGACUAUUUUGAGUUUGAGAGUAGCUAAGACUAUAAAGAUGAAGUAGGGAAACAUAGAGGAAGAAGACUCUCAGGCGAUAAAGGGGUCAGAAUAAGAGGUACUACUGAUUUUUCUCCAGCUCCAAAAUGUGAAGCUUGAGGGCUGUGGCUGUCAACAGGAAGUAACUGGAAGGGUGUUUUCUUUUGCUCUUAAGGCUGUUGAAAAUGCAUACUAGACAUAUGACCCUCACUUCUUGGUCAAUUCAAAUAUUCUGAUAUCUGAUAUUUGCGUAUGUAGACAUAGAAACAUACAGAUAUAGAUACACGCAUAUAUAUGACAUUUUUAUGUAUGUAUAAAGUUACAAAUUGCCUGGAAGAAAAUAUGCAUUUAAUAAAAACUCUAUAAAAUAA